AAACCUCUUAUCCGUCCGAUCCAUCGAUAGCGCCUUCACACUCACACAGAGCGCAUCUUCACACUCGCCACCGUCUGCAAAGGAAAGAGUUUGAGGCCCAGCCUCAUCAGCCUUGGCUCUAGCCUCGUGAGCAGGAAGGUGCAAUUUGCAAGCGGCUUGCAAGCAAGCUGGAUUGUCAAUAGUCACCAAUUGAGUACAAAUUGAGACAAAGUGGCUUGGUUUAGAAUCGCUUAUCUCAUCGGUUGAAGUUGUUGAUUGAUCAGGGGCUGUUUCGGUCUGCAGCGGCAGCGCUCUUAGGGAAUUACAGCAAGCAGCCAUGGCGCGAUACGAUCGUGCCAUCACUGUCUUCUCUCCUGAUGGCCACCUGUUUCAGGUAGAGUAUGCGCUGGAAGCAGUCAAAAAGGGAACCACGGCGGUAGGGGUGAGGGGCAAGGACACCAUAGUCCUGGGUGUGGAGAAGAAAUCAACCGUCAAGCUCCAAGACCCCAGAACGGUGCGCAAGAUCCACAAACUGGAUGAGCAUGUGUGCCUGGCUUUUGCUGGCCUUACAGCGGACGCUCGUGUGCUCGUGAACCGAGCUCGGGUGGCAUGUCAGAGCCAUCGGUUGACCCUGGAGGAUCCUGUGACGGUUGAGUACAUCACGCGGUACAUAGCAGGAGUACAACAGAGAUACACACAGAGCGGAGGGGUGCGGCCUUUUGGAAUCUCCACCCUGAUUGUUGGCUUCGACCCGCACACCCAUACGCCACAGCUCUAUCAGACGGAUCCCUCAGGAACAUACUCCGCUUGGAAGGCAAACGCGACGGGGCGCAACUCCAAGACGGUCCGGGAGUUCCUGGAGAAGAACUACGAGGAGACGUCCGGCGAGGCCACCAUCAAGUUGGCGGUGCGGGCGCUCCUGGAGACUGUGGAGAGCGGGGGGAAGAACAUCGAGAUUGCCGUCAUGACAAGAGACAAGGGUUUGACGAUACUCGACGAGGCGCAAGUAGAGGCGAUUGUGGCCGCCAUUGAAGAGGAGAAGGCAGAGAGCGAGAAGAACAAGGGCAAGGGGGCUCAACAAGCUAAGAAGAAGGUAGAGGAAACCCCUGCAACGCCCCCCGAGAUUGAGUGAUCAGAUGCGCGACUGCGAUGAGCCCCACUGACUUUUGCCUUCUUUCUUGAGAGGCGGAACUUUCUUUCUUUAUGCAAGUCAAGAGCUGAGUCAAACGCGCUGGGCGUGAAUCCAGAAGUUGGAUUUUCUGUGUUCAUUGGUGCAUUUGUACGCUCGAUGAUGAUUGAAAUCCGCAAACUUCAAGUCGAAGACUGUCGUGUCAGGGGUUGUAUGAUGCAGCCAAUAGAUUAGGCCACCAGCUCCUCUUCUCGUUGCUACGAAGUGAAUGUGAAAGAGCGCUCAUCUUGUCUCUCAGGAGUCGUACAGCUCCUCAAUAAGUCAGA